AUGUCUACCAUAGGAUAUUACCCACUCUUCUGCACCACUCCACAGCUCUCAUUAAAGUUGAUUCAGAAGCUUAUGACCGAGGCCAGAGAUGUCGAUUACAAUGUACAGAACUGCUUCGUUCUUGUCGCCUCUCCUGACCAACAAAGCUUCAAUAGAGGCUUGAAACCACUCACAAAGCCCAUUAGCUGUGGUUUCGUUGGCGCGGAGAUAGAACACCUGGCGGGUGUCUCGGCGCAAAGGUUCAAUGACAAACUGUCUGACGAAAAUAAUGACAAAAUCAAUCAGGAUAUGUUCGUCGUCAUCGAUGAGCGUACUCUUGAGGAUGGCACUCUUCGCGUUGUCCAAAGUGAUCUUGGACCAGUUUACGAUGAGGAUGGUGAAAUCGUCUCUGAUGAGGAUGUUGACAGGCUGGAAACCGUGAGAUGCGAGAUUAGGCAGGUGGGAUGGUUGCUGGCAUUGUUGCAAGAGGAAGUUAUGAUUCAGUUCAAGGUCAACCAGGAAGUUCCAUUGAGAGACGAUGACGUCGCAGUAUUGUAG